GCCGUAGACCCAUCAUUGUUAAUUCCCCACCAUUAGCGAAAUGAAGUUUCUUGUGAUCUUGGCGCUUUUUGCGAUGACAGCUUGGGCUGCUCCUGUCGAUGAUGAGGAUGGUUGGUAUGUGCCACAAGCUGAUGGUUCCCUCGUCUGGAUGACUAGUAGCGAGGCUGAAAGUAUGUUGGCAGAACAUGAGAAGAAGGAAAAAAUUAUGGGACGUUUGGAUCUCUCUCCAGUCACCUACUACUUGUACACUCUGUCGAAUCAAAAUGAUGGAGAAAAAAUUACCGCUGACAAGGACUCCAUUUCCAAUUCGCACUUCGAUGCCAGUCAUCCAACUCGUGUCUUAAUUCACGGCUGGACUCAAAGCUAUAAGGCGGACAUGAAUGUUAACAUUCGUGAUGCAUGGCUAUCGCAUGGUGAAUACAACAUUAUCGUUGUUGAUUGGGCACGUGCACGUUCAAUUGACUAUGUCUCAUCCGUCGCCGCUGUUCCUGGUGUGGGAAAGAAGGUUGCCAGCAUGAUUGAUUACUUGGUGAGCAAUCAUGGUUUGAACUUGGAUACUCUCGAAGUGAUCGGUCACAGUUUGGGUGCUCAAAUUUCCGGUUAUGUCGGCAAGAAUGUCGGUACUGGCAAAAUUCAUGCUAUUGUCGGUCUGGACCCUGCUCUCCCACUCUUCAGUUACAACAAACCCAACAAACGUCUCAACUCGGAGGAUGCUCACUAUGUAGAAACAAUUCAGACAUGUGGUGGUAAAUUGGGUUUCUUGAAACCAAUUGGCAAGAGCUCUUUCUAUCCCAACGGUGGUAAGAAUCAACCAGGUUGUGGUACAGACUUGACUGGUGCUUGUAGUCAUGCCCGCUCAUGUAUUUACUACGCUGAAGCCGUGCGUCAAAAUAACUUCCCCUCCAUGCGUUGCAGUGACUACGAAAAUGCCGUUAGUAAGGAAUGUGGUGCUCAGUACAGUGCGGUGAAAAUGGGUGGCCUCUACAAUUAUGAAUUCGUCAGUGGUGAUUACUACGUUCCAGUCCACAGCACUGCUCCCUAUGUGUAUGGCAACUCUUUUGCACUUGGUGGCAGCAGCAAUUUCGACGAAACGAAAGGUUGGUUCGUGCCUCAAGCGGAUGGCAGCUUUUCAUGGAUCUCGCAGUCAGAACACAAAGAGCGUUUACUGGGCGCCGAGCGCACUUCGGUUACUGUAAAAUUCUACCUUUACCAUCGCUCGAACCGUGACGGUCGUGAAGUAGAACUCGAUGAUGCAUCCUCACUCUCUGCAGCCGGUUUCAAUAAAAAUUGGCCUACCCGCAUUACGAUUCACGGCUGGAAUAGCAAUCUGAAUGCCGGUGUUAAUGUUAAAGUACGAAAUGCGCUUUUGGAAACCGCACUUGGUGGCAGCAGCAAUUUUGAUGAAACGACAGGUUGGUUCGUGCCUCAAGCGGAUGGCAGCUUUUCAUGGAUCUCGCAGUCAGAACACAAAGAGCGUUUACUGGGCGCCGAACGUACUUCGGUUACUGUAAAAUUCUACCUUUACCAUCGCUCGAACCGUGACGGUCGUGAAGUAGAACUCGAUGAUGCAUCCUCACUCUCUGCCGCCGGUUUCAAUAAAAAUUGGCCUACCCGCAUUACGAUUCACGGCUGGAAUAGCAAUCUGAAUGCCGGUGUUAAUGUUAAAGUACGAAAUGCGCUUUUGGAAACCGGUAAUUACAAUGUAUUCGCUGUUGAUUGGAGCGUUGACGCACAGACGGCUAAUUAUGCCAGUGCACGUUAUAAGGUUUCCAGUGUUGGUGCCGUAGUCGCUAAUUUUGUUGACUUUCUGAGUGAACACGGUAUGUCUUUUGAUUCACUUGGCUUGGUUGGUCAUAGUCUGGGCGCACAUGUUGCUGGCUUCACUGGCAAGAAGGUGAGCCGUGGUAAAGUUCACACCAUUGAGGGGCUCGAUCCUGCGCUGCCUUUGUUUAACUACGAUGAAUGUUCGUCGCGCCUUUGCAGCAGUGACGCCAGCUAUGUUGAGUCGAUUCAAACUGACGGCGGCAAAUUGGGCUUUCUACGUCCCAUCGGUAAGGCGGCCUUCUAUCCAAAUGGCGGUAAGAGUCAACCGGGCUGCGGGGUCGAUUUAACUGGCGGUUGCGCUCACGAACGCGCUGUACUCUACUACGCUGAAGCUAUUAUUGAGAACAACUUCCCAAGUAUGAAGUGCGGUGAUUACGAAGAUGCAGUGGAUAAGAGCUGUGGUAACACUUAUAGUGCAGUCCGUAUGGGUGCAGAAUCGAACUUUGGCAUAAGUGGCACGUACUAUGUGCCGGUCAAAAGCUCUGAACCUUACGGUUAUGGAUCAUAGAAUAUCGUGUUUAUGAAUAAAGAAAUAUAAUGAUGAUUGUAAUAUAUUAUUAUAUGGAAUGAGAAGGAAUGGCAAUAGUAGAUGAAUAUCGGGGAAA